AAAGGAGGCGUGCAGCAAGCGUGAACCAGCUGGGCUGCUGGCCCACAAGGAGCCUGCCAAGGCCAGGCAGGGGCAGGGGGCAGAGGAGUCUUGCACUUGGGGGCCACCCCUCAGGUCCCAGGCACCCCAGCAGCGAAGAGGACAUGGGAGUCCCCUGCUGUGAGGGCCAGAGACUGUCUGCUGUCUGAAACAGGGCCUUGGGAUCCAUAAGGGCAGAGGCAGGAGGCACCCGACCCCUGGUGGCAGCAGCAGCAGGCACAGGAGGGCAGCAUGCAGCUGGGGUAUGCGUGGGUGGCAGCAAGGAGGGGCGGAGGGAGGAAGCUGGCUUCCUGAAGCCUUCUCAGCCCUCAAAGACAGACUGACAGACAGACAGACAGCUGGCAAGAGGCAGCCUGGGGGCCACAGCUGCUUCAACUGCCUUCUGCCCUGGGUCCCACCAAAGAGAUCCUGUCCUUCCUGUAGUGAACAUGAGGCUACCUCUUGGGAAACAGGAGAUGCCCCAGUGAAAACGGAGCGCAAAGCCGGCCUGGGCGUGGAAGCCUCCUUCUGGCCAAUCAGGCAGGCCAGGGAACAGCAGCGGAGGGCCCUGUCUUUCAGGCAGACCUCAUGGCUGAGUGAGCCUCUCCUGGGCCCAGCACCCCACCCCAGCAUGGUCCAGGCCUGUGGAGGGAGCUCCACAGCCCAGCCACCGACCAUUUCUUUGGGGGCAGCCAUGACCCAGCCUCUGCCUGCCAAAACGCCAGCCAAGAAGCAUGUGCGGCUACAGGAGAGGCGGGGCUCCAAUGUGGCUCUGAUGCUGGAUGUCCGGUCCCUGGGGGCUGUAGAACCCAUCUGCUCCGUGAACACUCCCCGGGAGGUCACCCUACACUUUCUGCGCACUGCUGGACACCCCCUUACCCGCUGGGCCCUUCAGUGCCAGCCACCCAGCCCCAAGCAGCUGGAAGAAGAAUUCUUGAAGAUCCCUUCAAACUUUGUCAGCCCCGAAGACCUGGACAUCCCUGGCCAUGCCUCCAAGGACCGAUACAAGACCAUCUUGCCAAAUCCCCAGAGCCGUGUCUGUCUAGGCCGGGCACAGAGCCAGGAGGACGGAGACUACAUCAAUGCCAACUACAUCCGAGGCUAUGAUGGGAAGGAGAAGGUCUACAUUGCCACCCAGGGCCCCAUGCCCAACACUGUGUCGGACUUCUGGGAGAUGGUGUGGCAAGAGGAAGUGUCUCUCAUUGUCAUGCUCACUCAGCUCCGAGAGGGCAAGGAGAAAUGUGUCCACUACUGGCCCACAGAAGAGGAAGCCUAUGGACCCUUCCAGAUCCGCGUCCAGGACAUGAAAGAGUGCCCAGAAUACACUGUGCGGCAGCUCACCAUCCAGGCACCAGAGAAGAAGGUAGACAGUGCCCUCUACCCUGACCCUGGUUCCCAUGCCUUGUCUCCAACCCAGUACCAGGAAGAGUGCCGGUCAGUAAAGCACAUCCUCUUCUCGGCCUGGCCCGACCACCAGACACCAGAAUCAGCUGGGCCCCUGCUGCGCCUAGUGGCAGAGGUGGAGGAGAGCCCCGAGGCAGCCGCCCACCCCGGGCCCAUCGUGGUUCACUGCAGUGCAGGGAUUGGCCGGACGGGCUGCUUCAUCGCCACACGAAUUGGCUGUCAACAGCUGAAGGCCCGAGGGGAAGUGGACAUUCUGGGCAUUGUGUGCCAACUGCGGCUAGACAGAGGGGGGAUGAUCCAGACGGCAGAGCAGUACCAGUUCCUGCACCACACUUUGGCCCUGUAUGCAGGCCAGCUGCCCGAGGAACCCAGCCCCUGACCCCUGCCACCCUCUAAUGGCCCAGGUGCCCACCUCCCUCAAGCCUGGGAAGGUGGGUCUGGGGAAAGUGGGCCGAGUGAUCCGGGAGUACCUUAUGGGUGAGUGUGGGAAAGAAGUGCCUCCUCAGUGGCGCUUGCAGUCACAGAAAGCACAUCAGCAAGGACAAGGGGCCAGAUUCCAGUCUUCACCACUGGCCACUCCUCUGCUUCCUCUGUUGGCCCCGGAUGGACAGUAGGGGGAACCUCCAAUGUCUCUCUGAACUUAAAGACAGGAAGCCCAGGUGUCCUGGUCUUCUCUACGACACUCUUUGUGAGCUUUAGUUUCCUCUUCUAUAACAUGAACAUUAAGUGCUUAGCUGCCAUAAGGGAAAAGAAGUAAGAGAAGUUUCUAGAAGCCACUGCAGCUGUAUCCCCUUCCUGGGGCUGACAAAAGGGUGAUUCCAAGAUCAUCCUUCACCUGAGGCCCUGCCCGAGCACAGGCCAGAUGCGAGAGUGGGGAAAAGUCUGGUCCUGAUCUCCAAGUUUCAACAUCCUAGCAGUGACUCUGCUCCCUGACCACACAUCAGAAGGGCUGGACAACCACGAUCAAAAGUAAAAACAAGGACUGAGGUUGCCCUUGCCUCCACCCAUGUGUCCUGAGAGUAGGCUACAGAGGUGACCAGGCCUGGCAGUUGAAAUCUGGAAGAGGGAACAUGCGAGGCUACUCAGAGGCAAAGAGGGCUGCUCCUGCCUCUGUGGUUGCUGGCCACUCCCGCCAACUACUCUUAGGGAGGCUCUCAGCAGUCUCUGUUCUGCUUCUAUGGCUCAGAUAAUACCCUGGGUAUGCAGGAAGGCAAAAGAAAGGGGAGCCGGGUGCAGUGGCUCACGCCUGUAAUCCCAGCACUUUGGGAGGCCAAGGCGGGCAGAUCACCUGAGGUCAGGUAAUUACAAAAAAUUAGCCUGGUGUGGUGGUAAGUGCCUGUAAUCCCAGCUACUCAGGAGGCUGAGGCAGGAGAAUCACUUGAAACCGGGAGGCGGAAUUUGCAGUGAGCUGAGAUUGCACCACUGCACUCCAGCCUGGGUGACAAGAGCGAAACUCCAUCUCAAAAGAAAGAAAAGAAAGGAGGCAAGGGGAGAAGAGGAGGCAAAGUGCUCAGUCUGGUUUUAGAAAACCAACCACGGUGGGCCAUGGCCCUCUCUACCCUGCAUUUGCUGAAUACACCUGGAGAGCUUGGUUGUUUCCAAAAACAAUCAGGGUCAUAACCAUCCAUGCAAACAUGGAGGCUGGACGGAAUCGGGACCCCUCACCAUCUACCCCAGAGAACUAACGCCCCUCAUCCAUCUCGGCAUCAACAAUUUCCAGGGCACCUCAGGUCUAUCUCAGGACUGAACUCCACACCUCAGGAUUCGUCCUCCUUGAAUCUGACACUGGCUGCCCAUCCUGAGAUGGGGAUGAAGGUGAGAUGCCGCAUCACCCGCAUGCCGCCCCUGAGAGCUGCCUUGGUUGCUACCAGUUCUCUGUGGAAACCGUAGGAGCUAGAUCUGGAGAACAGCUGGGCUUCCUCACUCAGGACUUCUCUCCUGAAGAACAUGCAGUGCUGAAACUGAGGAUGAUUUCCCUAAUGCUUCUGCUUGGCCUUACGGAGGAGCUCCUCCUUCCUUACAGGCCUGGGGUGGACUCGCCCGCACCUCCACCUCCCCUGAGCCCUGUGAGAGGCACAACUCUAUGCCAAUGAGGCGAGGUGGGGGGCUCUCAAGUGCCUGAUCCUCUCCUGGGCUCAGAGCCAGCCUGUAGGGAAGCAAUAGCAUAGCCCCACAGGCCCUCCCUGGCACUGUCACCCCAACCCCCUCAGAGCUCAGAGGGUACAAGCUCCAGAACAGUAACCAAGUGGGAAAAUAAAGAAUUCUUGGAUGACUGA